GCAUCCAAUAGCAGACACGUUCAUGUGAGGGCGGGGCUGAGAGGGGGCUCGUGACGUCACGUCCCACUCCAACCCGUCAGACGCCUGAACGAGCGCGAGACCGACUGAGAGAGAGAGAGAGAGCGGAUUGGAGCUGAUCUGUGAUUGACGAACACACUGCAUGAUGCGUGAAUACAAGUUAGUAGUGCUCGGCUCUGGAGGCGUCGGCAAGUCUGCACUGACUGUUCAGUUUGUUCAGGGGAUCUUUGUGGAGAAGUAUGACCCCACAAUAGAAGACUCAUAUAGAAAGCAAGUGGAGGUGGAUGGCCAGCAGUGCAUGUUGGAGAUCCUGGACACUGCAGGGACGGAACAAUUCACAGCCAUGAGGGACCUGUACAUGAAGAACGGCCAGGGCUUCGCACUCGUAUACUCCAUAACUGCACAGUCCACAUUCAAUGACCUGCAGGACUUGAGAGAACAGAUCCUGCGAGUCAAAGACACUGAUGAUGUGCCGAUGAUCCUGGUGGGGAAUAAGUGUGAUCUGGAGGAUGAGAGAGUGGUGGGAAAGGAACAGGGACAGAACCUGGCCCGCCAGUGGAACUGCUGUGCCUUCCUCGAGUCCUCUGCAAAAUCCAAGAUUAACGUCAAUGAGAUCUUCUAUGACCUGGUCCGGCAAAUCAACAGGAAAACCCCAGUACCUGGGAAGGCACGCAAAAAGUCCAACUGUCAGCUGCUCUAAUACACAGCUGUUCUGUUGCUCUGAGCCAGGUCUGAUUUGCUGCUGUGUCUGUCAGCAGUGCCAGCAUUCCGACGUUACUAAAACCUAACAUCGAAUGGACUUUCCUGUGUGGUGAUGCCCCUUUAAAGAAACCAACCAACAGAUUCAAGGCUACAGUAUCAUAUUUUUUGCACAUAGAUAACCAUCAACACUUUCCAGAGUUGCAAGAAAGAUUUUUACUUAUAAAUAUAUAAAUAUAUAUUCUAACUGUAUGCAACUAAAAUAGACCAAUAAUUCCGUGGAUAAAUGAAUAAAGUCCUAAAAGAAUUUUUAAAAACCCAGAGCCCUACACAGUGUUAUUACUAACGGAGUCAGCCACCGUUGGAAAAGUAAGGAGCGCGUGUUGAACCUUACUGUGCACGUUGCCAUGGCAAUUACAAUGAUGCGAUAUUUAUAAGCACCACUAUUUUAGCCAGAGAUGAGAGGAAGUCCAAAGACACCUAUAUAGUCCAUUUCAUACAGCUAACUUUGCUCCUUGGUUUCUGUGCAUUUCUUUCUGUAGAUUUUGUCUUUUGUAACAUUGUUCUUUUUUGUUUCUUUUAUUUUCAUCCUAAUUUUCCUCCUUUUAAAUGUUACUAGUUUUUGCUCUGCCAAGAUGGUAUAUCACAUGAACUAUUGAUAUGAGUUUUAUCUUUAGGAAAACCUGUGGAUACAUGUAUGUGUAAAAAUUAAAAAAUAUAAUUUCUGUCACUAUUAUGUUGUUCUUAGCCUCAAAUGCCUUCAAAUAUGUAUUUAGACUUUUUUCUUUCCAGUUGAAUCCAACUAAAAAAAAAAAAUCUUAAUCCAUCUCUCAUACCAGGUUUCUUGUCUUGUUUACAGAGACGUUUGUACAGUUUGGGGUGCUCACAUGGGGGCACUGCUGAAAGGGACAUUCACGCUUCACCUUGAAAGAGUGAAAUGUAAUAAAUCGGCUUCGCAUCAUGUGAUCUCUCGUUGAUAGAAUAUAAACUGCCCAGUCCCUUUCACAUAAUUCUCCUAAACUACUACAGGAAGUAAAUUUUAAAGAAUUAAAAGGAUUACACUUUCUAUUAAGCCAUAGUGGUAAAUUAUUACAACUGUGUUUCUAAUUAUUUGUAAAGUUGGUAAUGAUUUCUUGUAGGUCUUUUUUAUAAAGACAGAUAAUGUUUCAUGCAGCUCUAAUCUAAUAAGUCCUUGCUUGACACAUAAUCAUGUUACACAAGUGAGGCUAUUCACUAUAAUGCCUUGUGAUGUACUACACAACCUUUAUUACUAAGAUUAACUUGAAAUAUUUAAAACAACUUUAACAUAUAACAAUCUUUUAAAGCAGUGACAUUUAGUGUUUCUAAUAUUUCUGUAAUUGUUAAUAAAUAGUUAUUUGCAGGAAUUAUUAGAGAUGUUGACCACAUGGCAUUGUAACGGACAGCUAAACCAUGGUUAUGAAUUCUCGUGGAAUUAUUUAUAGAACAUCGAUUUAGAGCUUUAUGUGGCUUUAUUAGAGUUUAUACAGAUGCUUACAUGGAAUCAUUAUCAACUUAGCGAAAAAAAUAUAAACACAGACAUAAUGAUUUAUAAAAAUGGCCUUCAUCAAAAGUGUUACUAUAAUUGAGAUUUUAAUAGAAAAAUGUUCAGUAAUAUCAGCGUCUGUGCUGCAUUUACUGAUGAUCUCUAAAUGUAAUUACUCACCUGACCUUCCAUUUUGCCUGAGAAUGCAACUGAUCAUUUUGGAUCCUGUAAGUAAAGAUAAAAAAAAAAGCCUUGCCUGUUAGUGACUGUUUCACUUUUGUAAAACUUUGUUUGAACUGUUUUCUGUCUGCGUUUCUGUGGGAAUUACUGUAGUAAAUGUUGGGAUGGGGACGUCGGGUUUCAGAGCAGGGAGAAAAGGGAACAAGAGUUCAAAAAAUAAAGAUGAAUAUUGUAACAAGUGCAAUCAUAUGAGGCGUACAUAAAGCAUUCAUGAGAUUUUGAUGAACUGUGCGACACAAAGUGUUUGACUAGUCGAGCUGCGGAACAUCUUUUUGUCUGCACCAAGCCUCUGUCUUUCCCAGCAUUAAAAUUCUGAUUUUUCUAGCUCGAUAUAUACUACAUGUGCACCAUGGAUGCUUUAUGCAUGCGUUAUGGAGGAUCACUCAGUAAAAAAAUGUGAUAAAUAAAUAAAAAAAUCUAUUAAGCAAUGCCGAACGAGUGAAGGUUUAACGUUGAAAUUCUGUUCUGGUGAUUCUGUAAUUAAAUGCUUUGUUGGAAUUUUUUUUUUUUUUUUUUUUAGUUUUAUUUUCCCACAAAAUCUCGGUGGGGUUGAAUCUGUAAGAGAGCCGCAGUAUUUGAAAUGAAACCUUUAGAGUUGGGGAGCGGGUGGGUGGGUGGACGGUUGGCCAAAUGUAAACUUAAAAGCCUUAAUUGAAGUGGUGCAAUUUUGUAUAAUCGAGCGUCUGUAGUUCAAUAAAUUGGGUUGCCAUGCAAGGGCUUGCAAGAAGCCAGUUCUGCCACUUGAUUGUGUAAUGUUUCACAGUUCUUCUGUCAAUAAAAUCAGUUUAACAUUUGCUCUAA